CUGAGUGCCGAGGAUCAACUUCUUCUACAAACUGCGAGCUUCUACAUCUACCUCGAUGAUAUUACCAUCUACUGUGAUCGAGAAGCUGUUGAUGCUGCAGACCGGUUUGUGAAUAUGAUGGAGAGUGUUCUCCUUCAAGCAGGCUUCGAGUUGCCUGCAUCUAAGCAACAUAAUUCUGAUAAAGAAAUGCAGUUCAAGCAUUUGGGUUUGAACUGGUGCUUUCGUGAAGGAAAUCUCGUGCUGUCCUGCAGAAAGUCUAUUCCUUCGGGUCUUAGAUUUCCUGAUGGUUCUUUCAAUAUGAAAUGGACUGCUCGUCUACUUCUUGGUAUUGCCGGUUGUGGUGGUACUGGUGUGGAUCCCUGUCGAUUGCAUUGUGAAGCACGACUAGCAGGAGAUUUACUCCGGUCCAUCGCUGGGAAGGGGAUGAAGGAUGCAGAUGAGUUGCUCUCGAUUGAGAAUGGCUCUGCUGACUUCAACAUCAUUUCCUCGUGUUUUACGACUCUUGAGGAGUAUUCUGCCCAACGAUGUGAACACUGGUGUUAUGGUGGUUCUAGUUUGGUGUGCUUUGUAGAUGCUUCCCCAGUUGGUUACGGGUGGUGUAUCAAGGUUGUGAAUGGUACGGUUACUAUAUCUGAUAUUAUUUCGGAACCCUCUAAGCCAAAUACAGAGGUGUGGGAUUUGGCAGAGCAGGCUGGCAUAUGGCUGAGUACUAAAGCACAACGGAGUUGGCAUAUCAACAGGAAGGAGCUUGCUGCUAUUGGGAAGCUCAUGUUGUAUUUGCAUGAGAUGUUGUGUAACCAUAGGACGAUUGGGCCCCCGAUUUCAUCAAUCUUCGUAUAUGCGGAUUCUCGGACAGCUCUACGGUGGAUGGAAAAUCGUGUUGGUGCUAAGUCUAUUGAGAAGGUUGCUGUACAAAGGUUAGUAUGUUGUAUAAAUGAGUUGGUCUCGGAUAUUCGUGCCCGUGGUAUAACUGUUACCUAUGGUAAAGUUGAGGGUGCUCUGAACCCUGCUGAUCGCCUCAGUAGACUGGUUGAGAAGUGGGGUCUUACUGCUUCUUUGGGUCUUGAUGAUGUGGAGCCAGAGAGUCUCUUUUACAGCU